AUGUUAUGCGACGCUCUGCUAGCUAUAGCACGGUCAUGCGUUGAUCUCAUCAAUUUCUGCAAACAUUUCCGCAUUUCAGCAGACAAGACAUCAGGCCGCCUUCGUGGGCUGCUUGAUCUCGCCGCCGACUUGACCUCUAGCGAUCUUCCUGCCUGGAUGGAGUUCAAGCGAGCGUGCCCCCUUUUGCCUCACGGUGUGUUCUUCGAGAACCUACGCGAGCUCAAGUUUGCUGGGAAUUCCAUGCCAGUGUGCCGUGCCAAAGACCAAUACAACCUGCUUAACUACAUUCUCAAAUCUUCGUCGAGAUUGGAAAAACUCACAUUGAGAGGGGCCGGCAAGGCCUCAACGAUUGAGGAUCCCAUAGAAGUGGUAUACGGUGCAGGCGUGGCCUUCCAACUCCUGUGCAUGCAAUGGGCACCAUACAGAGAUCUCCUAAAGACGAACUGCCUUACGUCUCUCACACUAAGCUGUCUGUACGUUCACUCCGACACGGUCAACUGCUUCUUGAAAAAUCACGCCCACACAUUGCAGUGCCUUUCGCUGGAAGGCCUCGUUCUAUCCUGCUCAUUCAGCAACCUGUUGGCCGCAUGCCAUGAGUGCUCGAAGUUGGAACUGCUCUACGUGCGUGCGCCGUUCCUUCUUCCACCCGGCCCUUGGAGAAACUUGGGACCCACUGUCUUUGGAGACGUAGCGUCGCGAUAG